CCGAGAUAUCACGGACUUCCUCACAGCAGCUUAGCACCGAGGGAGAGCAAGACCCACCCUACUUCUCUUUAAUAAAUGGAGACCCCUGGCGCAGUGCCCGAAUUCCGUCCGACCGAGAUCACGCAGGAGAGUGUCGAGGCGGCGCUCAAGAACGACAAGGGAAGCGACGCUCGCCUCGUCUCCUUCACGGUCCAGGAAUGCACCAAGAAAGGAGACAACUUCGCGACGCUCGUGGUCAGAGUUAACGUUAAUUUUUCAAAGGAAACAGGGUACUAUUCUACGUCUUAUAUUGUAAAAUGUGAUCCGAGGCGACUGAAAGCACUUCAGGACUUCAUUUACGUCGGUUUCCAAAAGGAACUCGUAUUUUACCAGCAACUGUCACAUGAACUCCAGUUGCAACUCCAAGACGCUGGCCAAACACCGCUGAAGGUCCCACGAUGUUUCUACGCUUCUUUUGAAGAAAAUCGAGAAGUUAUCUUCCUGGAAGAUCUUGCCCCUAAAGGAUUUAAGAUGUCCGACCGCAACGUAGGAGUGGACGCUGCCCAUACAAAGCUCAUCCUCGAGGAACUGGCCGGACUCCACGCAGCCUCCUACCUCCUGAAGGCCAAGAUCCCAGACCUUAACAAGAGAUACCCUAUCUUAAACCUGGAUUGGCUAACCUACGCGGACAGCGCACGACGCAGUACGCAAGGCCUUUUUUCGGAUAUCAUGGACUCCGCUUCCAAAUUACUGCGUCACAUCGGCGGGUACGAAGGGGCGGUGGCCUGGCUCGACAAGAAUAAGUUGAGAGCAGCUGAAAUGAUCGAAACUGAGCUGAGGAGAGUGCCUCCGUUUGACGUGCUGUGCCACGGAGAUUGCUGGAUCAACAAUGUUCUCUUUAGGUAUACCGACGAGGGUGUUCCAGUGGAGGUCAUGCUCCUUGACCUGCAGCUGGUCCGCCACGCCUCGCUCGCCACCGACCUCAACUACCUGCUCCACGCCAGCCUCAAAGGGCAGACGAGGAGGGACAACCUCUCGUCAUUCUUGGCGGCUUAUUACCAACGCUUCAGUCAGGUCCUGGCGGCUGGUGGCUGCGCGGUGCCCUUCUCUCUCCAGGAUCUCACGCAGGAGUAUAGGAAUCACCUAACCUAUGGACUGAUUAUAGGCUUAUUUGCAGUGGUUUUCGGUCUGGCUGGGGGGGCAGAGCUCAUCGACACUGACGGUGAGGCCGAAUUGCAGGACAAAAGGAAGGAUCACCUUAUCAGCGCGAUGGCAAAUCAACCAAAUAUUCGUGAUAAACUUGUUUUCUUGAUUGAUGAGAUGAUCGAAAACGGGAUUAUUACAUGACUAUAAAAGGUAUAUGACAUAAUAAGGAGUUUGAUGAUUGUCAUGUACUAAUUCCUUAUAUGGUACCGCGAUAUAAUUGCUGUUUCAUUACGUAUUUGCACUGUUUUGGACUACAAAUGAUAUAAAAUAAAUGUUAAUUAGAGCGUUAAUUAUCUAUUAAGGAAUAGUACAAAAUUUUGUAUUGGGAGACAAAAAAAAUAUGAGAAGCUAUUAAUCACAAUUCACAAACUAAUUUGAUACAGUGUACACUCAGACCCACAUAUUAUCAUUCUGAACACAUCAAAUACUUGGUAUAACUAAGAUGUAACAUACGUAGCGAAGUUAGUGAGAUAACCAGUUUCCAUCUAUAGGGUACAAUAAUAUAUAUACAAUCACAUUUACCUGUUUAACCAUACAAGUAUUCUCUCCGAAAGACGUUGUAAAAUAUAUUUUUUUAACAGAUUUACCGUCCUUCUAGUAUUCGUUUUAGAAAAUGUCCAUGGCUAGCAAGUGAUACUUCAAGUCAAAGAUAGUCCUUUUUUUCCAAAAAUAGUCUGAGAAUUAAAUUUCCUUUCCGUGAA